AUGAAUGUCUGGUCGGGGUCUAUUCCGCUCAACUCGGACUCCAAGCUGGAAGGCAUUCGACUGGUCGACCAAAAUUCGUAUUGGCAGUCUGAGCUGUCUAAAGAGAGCGAGCUGUACCUUCGCAGCUUUGUGAACCCGGCGCUCAUUCCAUUACAUGCUCGCGCCGGUCCUAAUCUCGAACUACACACAUCCCACGCGGAAACGUCACAAUGGCUGCAAAGCAAACUAGCCGGCACGAUAUGGCUGGACGAGGAAGAGCAAGAUUUACAGCAAUCAAUACAAUGUCCAGUCGGUCUACUGCUCAGCGUUGACAAUUCCAAAACUAGUGGCGCAACCAACUUCCUGGUCUAUGGCGUUCUCUCGAACGCAGCACAUACUCGUCCACCAACACCACCUCAUUCAUCACCCUUUGAUAUCCUACCUCAACCGACAACACGGAACCACUAUGAUCUACGAAUCUAUGCAGCGCCCCUAUCAACCACUCGCCUCACACAAGCACAGUCCCACCCAUCACCACCACCAGACGAAGACAACUCCGUGCGCUGCGCAGAGUUCCUGCCCGACACAAACUCGCCCAGUCCGAAGCGCAAACGAGUCGCAACUCUCUUCGAAGUCGCAGCUCAACACCACCGCCGUGUCCGUCAGCGCGGCGGCGAAGCAGUUUCUCAAUUAAUGGCACCUUCCCGGCCAACCUCUUCGCAGAAGCAAUCACUUCGCAUAAAGCGCGAACCAGAUGAAGACCUUCCCUCUCUCUCAUCUCUAGACAGGUUUUCUUCUCGUCGUUCUCGCUCAGCGUCUAUCGGUGCGAACAUGCAUAGGCCUGGUAGCGUGCGCGGCCGCACCACGCCUGCGAAUGUCGAUCCGCAGAAACGAGCACCGACGCCGAAUCCAUUCCUGGAGCGCCGUACGCAGUCUUUCGUUCAGACACCGUCUUCUCUCUCUGCCGAAAAGCCUGUAUCAACUCCCGGUUCACCGAAUAAGGAUCCUGAGACCGUGAUUGCAGAGAACAAGAAUUUGGUCACGCGCACCAUCUUAACUUGUAUGCGGUUGUAUGGCUUCAAUCGUGCGAAUAUGCGUACAACUUCUGUGAGCAAGGGUGCCGAGCCUGAGGAGGGUGCCGGUACUACACCUGCGCCGGAGCUUCGCGCUGAGACGCCGGCGCCAGCUACGGAUGAUGACGAGUUCAAGGCCAUGUACCAUGCUACGUACAAGGCCGCUGCGUUUGCGCUGCGGAAGUAUUUGAAGUUUCCUGGGGCUCCAGUGGUGCUUGAGAAGGAGAAGGCCAUGACUUGUAUCGAUGAGUUGUUGAGGAUAUUCUGUGAGGAUCACUGA